AGCGACCGGACUAGUUUCCUGUGACGACUUCCGGUAUAAGCAGUCGCAUGUCUUAUUCGUUUUUUGGUGUUUUAAUAUAGCUGGAUCGCUACAUCACGUUUCACCCGAUCGGUCUGUGGUUUUGGUUAGUCACGGACAAAGCGGUCGAGCUAUGAAUCCUGCGUUUAGAAAGUUGUCGGCGUUUGUGUGUAAUGAAGCUCUCACAGCUUGUCGAGCCCCUCUAUCCAUUCGGCAUCCUGUCUGUGGCACUGCUGUUGUAAACAAGAGGCAAUACAAAGGCAUGCCAACACAUGGUAUGGGGAGGUGGCGUCAUCUUCUACCUAGAGAAGCGCCAAAGAAAAAGAAAGACAAACUCCAGAUGAAACGGAUCAAUGCAGCCACAGAGACAGCGUACGGGACUCUGAAUGUCAGCGUGUCAGGUUAUGACAUGACAGUGGUGGAGCACUACUCCCAGUACAUCCACAACCUCUGUAACCGGCUCGGCAUCAGUGUGGCAGAGAGCUAUGCUUUGCCAACAAAGACCACAGAGGUUAUGGUGAUGCAAGAGCAAGGGACCAAAAUGUACGUGGAUGCCAUCCUCAAGACUCACGAACGCGUUGUCCAGUUGAGUAGUCUGGACACCACAAUGUGUCCAGUUCUCAUAGAUGUUCUUCUAAAGAAUCAACCUGAGGGAGUUCAGCUCUCUGUGAAGGAGCACACAGAAGCUGAUUUCCAUGCGCGUUUCAAAGCGCGUCCGGAGAUGGAGGGGCUGAUUGCUCAGAUAAACCAAUAUUGAAUGGGACUUUCUCAAACUUGAUGUGGGACACAUUGCUGGCAGGGAAUUCAUGUUUGUAUAUUUAUUAACAUGGGAUUCCUUGAAAUGCAAAUAAAGAUGGUCAUUUAAAUAAC